AUGGCCGACGACCCCUACGAGCCGGAACAGCAAGCGCCGUCCGACCUCGACAUGUCCACGUAUCCUCCCGGUCCGCUGAACCAGUGGCCCGCGCAGCCGCCGGACUUCCGUCACACCAUCUACGAGUACCGUGCCGCCGUGCAGGCGUGCUCAGCGGUGUUGUUGCGGCUUGUCGCGCUCGGCCUGGACCUGCCAGAGGAAUACUUCGACCACAUGCUCUCGUUCCCCAUGGCCGGGCUGCGGGCGCUGCACUACCCGCCGCAAGCGGCGACGGCGGAGGACACGAUCGGGAUCGGCGCGCACGCCGACUACAGCUGGUUCACGCUCGUGAACCAGCUCUCGGACACGCCGGCGCUCGAGGUGCUCAACGCGAACGGCCACUGGGUGGCGGCGCCGCCCGUGCCGGGGAGUCUGGUGGUCAACGUGGGCGACUUCCUCGAGCGCGCGACCAACGACAGGUUCGUGAGCACGGUGCAUCGGGUGCGCAACAUCAGCGGGCGCGAGCGCUACAGCCUGGCGUAUUUCUUCGCGCCGAGUCAGAACGUCAUGAUCAGGACUGUGCCGACGUGCGUGGCGGAGGGCGAGACGCCCAAGUACGAGGACGUCAAGGCGGGCGAUUGGCAGCGCGAGCGCCUGCUUCGCGCCAGGGUCAACCACCCGGCGAGUAUUGCUGCGAAGGCGAGGGGCGAGAUAUAA